CCUGCGAUGGCAUUCCUGUCAAUAUACUGAAGGUUUAGGGCAUUUAAGCUCCAUAAACUGCAUGUGGAAGAUUACAUUCAUGCCAAUAUAUAUAGGUGCAUAGCUAUUUUCAUCCAGCUUCCUAAGCUUCUACAAGAUGUGCAGAGGAAGAGAAGAGGAAGGAAGGCAGCAGAGGGAAUUUGGCCAGUCUGAGAUCCCUCCAUCUGCAAGGGAGGCUGAGGCUGAGGCUGUUUCAGCUCAUGAUGGUUUCACCAACUUCGUGGGCUGUGAGCUUUGCCGUUCCCAAGCUUCGCUAUACUGUGAAGCUGAUGAUGCAUUUCUGUGCAGAAAAUGCGACAAAUCGGUGCAUGGUGCCAAUUUCCUAGCCCUCAGACAUGUCAGGUGUUUCCUCUGCACCACAUGCCAAAAUCUCACACACCACUAUCUCAUAGGAACUUCAGCUGAGGUGGGUCUUCGUACACUGCUGAGUUGGGUUCACAGAACAACCCAGAAGUGUAAUAAUAAUUCAAACCUUAAGAAGAAGAGGAAGCGUUCAAGAGUGCUGAAGAAAAGGCCUUUCCUGUUCCCUUGAGUGGCUUUGAUGAUCAGAGGCCUUUCAUCUUUUCUUUUGUAUCUCUGUAGUCUCUAAUUCUAUUCUCCUUAUUAUAUUUGUAUUGAUUUUUCUUUCUUCACAUCAUUUAUGAUUCUGGGACUAAUGUCAAGUUGGCUCUUAGUUACUUAGAUGUUAGCAGGGAUAUAUGUGAUUUCUGAGAAAGGCAGAGUAAUUUCAAACUAGACUUUGUUUUUCA